AUGGUCGAUCAAGAAAUGAGGAGUGGAUGCUCGCCGGCUAGGGAGCCUGGGGACGGUGCAGACUCGCUUAUGAAAGACGAGAGAGUCCGGCUUAGAAUAGACAUGAAGACGGCACUAUCUUACUGUGUCGCUGGUGUGGUGAGCGUGGCAUUUUUCUUGUGCAUGGACGACUACCGCUGGGUGUGGUAUUAUAUGGUGAUACCAGCCAUUGUGCUCAACCUUCUUAUCAUCCUUUUGCUCGUUGUGUCCUAUUUCUCCCUCGAUGCUGGGCAAGAAUUGUCUAAAAUAAUCUUCAUGCUUUUGUGGCUACCAAUAUCCUUCGUCCUCGGCUUUUCAGCGAAUCCUGCUGAAUCUGGCCGAACGCUGGGAUACUUCCAUUCUUCGUCGCCCCUUGAGGAAGAAGACAUUGCAUCGACUCACGAUUCUCCGGUAAACCAGCGUCUGAAACAAGUGAUGUUCUUUUUGUUGGUAGCAGAUAUCCGCCGCGUUUCAUAUCCGCCACAAUCUUCUCUGCGCAUGGCUUGGCUGACGUCAUUCGUGGGAUACAACUUGGUGGUAGAUGCCGCAAAAAUGAUUCAUGAAACUACAGAGGCAUUCCUACAGAGCUCGCCAUUGUCAAACAAGAAGACGCAGUUUCAGAUAACGGAGGGGAUUUUAGUGUGUUUGGUUAUGAUCGUAGAUUAUCUGUUGUGCGGAACCGUGACAGACACAUUCUUGCGGGCGAUGCACAUGGUCAUUACAUCAGAGAUGCUAAAAGUCACCGUAUUUCACACGCUAGACGCACUGUCCUUUGAUAUCCUUGAGGGAAUGGAGAAGGAUGCUUCGGGCAUUGUGUGCGCAGCACUGGAGACUAGCGUAAGUUUGGCGUUGAUAAUAUGGUACCUCACCCUGGGCCGCCCUUCCUCCCCUUGGACAAUGUUAGUCAUCGCUCUGGUGAUAUACAGCAACAUGUAUUUGGCUAUACACAAAGCAUACGCCACUGCGUGGCAGAAUAUUUGUCGAGAAACAGAAAAGCUUUCGGUUUUUCGACGAGCCACAUUCCGGGAGACAAUGGCCUACAAGGACAUUUGCGCUGUUUGCUUGGGAAGUAUGAGAAAUGCCCGGAUCACACCGUGUAGUCACAUGUUUCACGGGAAGUGUCUCCGCAGCAGUCUGCGCGAGAGAAAAAGAUGUCCUAUGUGCAACAAGAACUUUGACAAUAUUUUAAAGGGUGACUUGAAAGAUGCUGCAUAA